UCUUACAGACCAGGCAACACGGUAUAGGUUAGAUAUACCUUGAUGGCAAAAUGAAAAUUAGAUAGGACAAGCGCGGUGUGCUGUAUUAUAAAGGAUUUUUGAAAAUUCCCGAUGAGUCGACCUGCUUCCUUAAGACAGAAGAGAUAAGAAACAAUCCGCAAUUCAGUUAAACCAUGUACUGCUGCGAAAUUUUCCAUUCAAAGCAAUUUCAAAUUCUUUUAUUAUAUUUUUGUCUUUUUAAUAGAGCAAAUUACUCUUUACAUCCUACUUUUCACCUAAUUCAAAUCACGUCAAGGAACGCCUGCGUGAAAACAGCUAUAACUUCAGUCAACAAGUAAUUUCGUUGCGUGACUUAUUUUAGCUAAAACAGAUUGCGUGAGUUACUAGUGGCCCGGAUGCAUAGCCAACGUAAACUAGUAACCGAGGCGAAGAAUUUUGAGGUGAGUCCUCCUAAUUUCUUGUAAAUCAUGUCUGCUGAUCUUGUUAAACACACCGGAGGAUGUCACUGUGGAAGAGUUCGCUUCGAGAUCUUAGCUAAACCCGUGCUGAAGGCUUACGAUUGCAACUGUACCAUUUGUGUGAAAAAAGGGAUGCUUCUCGUCUGUCUCCCAAAGGAAUAUUUCAAACUAACGCAGGGAGGAGAGCAUAUAUCCUGUUACACUUUCAACACCCACCAAGCUAAGCACUACUUUUGCUCCUCUUGUGGCAUCCACCCAUUCUACCAACCUCGCACUAAUCCUGAGGCACGUGGCAUUUCACUGCAGUGUUUGGAUGAAGAAGAAACUAAAAAGAAAGCAGAAGUUGUUCCAUGUGAUGCUACAAACUGGGAGAAGUGGGAACAGUACCUUAAUGAACAUCCAAAAGCCCGAAAUCUCACUGAAAAUGUGGAGUAGUAUUCAAUUUUAAUUAAUUCAGUUGUUGAUGAAUUAUCAUCAACAGCUUACUGUUAGCUGACAUACAACUUCCUGUUAACCCAUUCAUUCUCAAGAUCUCAUCGGUAAUUCUCUUUACUGCAUGCUAUGCAAUUCUCAUGAAUCAAUGACAGAAUCUGACCAACUGUGCACCUACCCCUCCCCAAACCCAACUUUAACCCUAACUUGUAAUCAGUUGACUGUUGCUGUGUUAAGGGAGGGGUGGUGCACAGUGCUCACAUAUUGACUUUGACCCAUUCUUGUGUUAGUUUGGAGGGGUAAACUCCUUGUACAACCAAGUUGUAAAGGAAAUAUAAGUUAACAGAAAUCUCAACACAAGAAAUACUGUGUUAUAUUGUAUAAUUUGCGUGUACAAUUUAACAAAAAAAUAUUUAACGUAGCAGGUAACGUAGCAGCAUCUGCAGAAUGCCACAGGCCUGCUGGCACGGACAUCAUCUCUGUUAAUUUUGAGGGAAUAUUACGCUAAAUACUUACAAUACUAAGUUUUGUUAACUUAGGAACUGUUUAAUGUACUCAUAUGGUCAUUUGUGAUCAAUUUAAUGGAACAGGUUCAGUAUAGUGUAGAUGGUAUAUCGUUAUGCGGUAAUUUGGUAGGAAGACCUGUGUCAGUCAUUUUGGCAGUAUGUGUAUUGAAUUUAUAGCAAGUUACUUAGGGUUGUCAUUACCCUAGAGAGAGAAAAAGCAUGCGCUAUGUUGUACAGGAGGUUACAUUCACGAUGAAUCCAACUGCUUCCACCUAGGAAAGGAGAUUAGAAACAAGUCCGAGCUUAGAUAACAAAUGUGUUGCAGCGUUGUCCCCAACCAGGUGAAUUACAAAACACAAAUUUCCCAUUAAAUCCUGCUCAUCACCCAGGUCACAGUCGCGUCAAUGAAUAACGUCUUAAAAAUAGGCCAUUUUAGCUUCCGGGAUUUGCUUUACAGUUGUAAUAAGAAUCACUAUAAUGUUGAAAUAACAGAUAUUUCGGUUGCGUGACAAACUGCGUGACAUACCGGCCCGUCUUAGGGACUGGCCCGACCGCGAAGCCAACACAAAAUAGUUUAAUACCGUGGCGAAGAAGUUCAGGUUGAAUUCUCUUAAUUACUUGUAGCUCAUGUCGGUUAAUCUUGUUAGACACACCGGAGGAUGUCAUUGUGGAAGAGUUCGCUUCGAGGUCUUAGCUAAACCUGUGCUGAAGGCUUACGACUGCAAGUAAUACAAGCUAUUUUUUGACUUUAUUGGA